AUGGGCUCCGCCAACUACCACGAUGCAGUGAGCUUUGCUCUCGAUCCUCAAGAGGAUUACGAGGCAGAUCUUCCCCUCUUCAUCGACACUCAAGAUUCAGCCCAGUCCCUGAACCGCGAGCAAUUCACCUUGCUCGUCCGAACACUCAUCACCGGCUUCCAAGCCCAGGGUCUCGCUCAGGGUGACUGCGUCCUCCUCCACACAGGCAACCACAUCCUGUACACGGCCCUUUUCCUAGCGGUGAUCGGCGCCGGAGGCGUCUACAUGGGCUCUAACCCGCACAGCAGCGCCGACGAACUGACCCAUCUGAUCCAACUCACCCACCCACGACUGAUAAUCACGGAGCCUAGCGCCCUCACAACGGUCCAAGACGUCGCUAGCCAGGCCUCCAUCCCAGAAAAUCAUAUCCUGCUCUGCGACGACCCAGCGCUGACCACAGCAGUGAUAUACACACAAACCCACACCCUCCUUCCUACAACACCAUCUUCCAAGCCCCAGAACCUAACCACCCUCCUCACCCACCCGCCCACCCAGAACCUUCCUGCCCUAACUCAAGAAGCCGCAUCCACCAAGCCAGCAGCCCUCUACUCGACAAGCGGAACAACCGGCCUCCCCAAAGCGGCCAUCCUAACCCACGCGAACAUCCUCGCGCAACAUGCCUCCCUCACAGCCCACCAACCCCCCGAGAGUAACGACAACAAACGGGUGAAAAGACUGAUCCCCCUCCCGAUCUUCCACCUCUUCAGCGCGCUAUUCACGCACCUCUUCCCCCUCCGCUACGGACACCCCGUGUACAUCAUGCGGGAAGUGUUCACCGUCCCGCUGUUCCUGGAGCUGGUGCACAGACACCAGAUCCAGGAAGUGUAUCUCGUGCCCGCGAUGGUGCAUCUGCUGCUUCAGGCGGCGGGGCGGGAUGAGGUGGGCGUGCGGGAGAAGUUGGCAUCUGUUACGUACGUCGGGGUGGCCGGAGCGCCAAUUGAUGCAGCGAGUAUGCGGAGUCUACGGGGGGUGUUGAACCCGCAGAAUGCGAGUUGUGGGCAGAUCUGGGGAAUGACGGAAUGUGGGGUCGUGUUUUGGCGCGGACGGGAUGAGGGGGGUAUUGGGGGCGUUAUCCCUGGGUGGGAGGUUGAGUUACGGGAUCUCGGUUUGGGAGAUGAAGAUGAGAAGAUCCAGGGCAAGAGGAAGAUAGUCACUGAAGCAGGGCAUCCGGGUCGGUUGUUCGUCAGGGGUCAGGGCGUGUUUGCCGGGUAUCUGGGCAGGGGCCGGGAAGGCGUCGAUACGCAUGGCUGGUUUGAUACCGGGGAUGUGGCGUAUUUCAAUGCCGCCAGGGAGUAUUUUGUUGUUGGGCGGACGAAGGAACUGAUCAAGGUCCGGGGAUACCAGGUCUCUCCGGCGGAGAUCGAGGCGGUCCUCCUGAAGCAUCCGCUUAUUCGUGAUGUGGCUGUUACCGGCAUUGCGCUGGACCACACGACUGAAGCUCCCCGGGCUUAUGUCGUGCGGGCUGACGGCGCCAGGUUCGGGUCCGAUGAGGUUUAUUCGUUCGCGCAGCAGCGGUUGGCCAGUUACAAGGCGAUCGAUGGCGGAGUGUUCUUUGUAGAGAAGAUUCCCCGGACGGUCAGUGGCAAGAUCCAGCGCGGGAAACUCGCCAGUAUGAAUCAGAAGCGCGAGGCGUUGGCCGGGCUCUUGAGUAAGGUGAUGGCUGGGAAGCCGCGUUCUUAG